UGUGUUGCGACUGAUUGGCAGCCAUUUUACUGAUCCCUAUGCUAUACACACAUACACAGCACUGGUAUCUCUCACUUUUAAAAGCACUGGUACUAACCAACUCGUGUCUGUUAGUGUAUUUGGAUUUGAUUGUCAACAGUGUAUGUAAUAAUAAUCAAUUGAUUGGAUCAAUAGUGUCGUCAUUUGUUAAUACCGUACUAAUUAAUUGGUAGUGCCAUUCAUACCGUACCCGGAGAUUAUACACACCCGCUCUCUCACUUAAAACACACAUAACUAUAAUCACUCAUUCAUUUUAUUCAUAUAUAUAUACACACAUAUAUAUACAAUCACCGGAUCUGAUCCACACAUACACGCAUACAUAAGCACUUGCGGGAGUCACUGAAACCCAGAAAAUAAUCGGUGAAUCACUUAAAAACACAUCUAAUCGCCAAAAGAAGACAAGAAAAUAAUAUAUAUAUAUAAUCAUCUAAUAAUAAUACUACUACUAAACUCUUGAAGAAUAUCAUCACAAGAAUAAUCUAAGAAAAAAAAUGGAGAAUAAGGACGAGUUAGUACAGAGAGCUAAAUUGGCCGAACAGGCCGAGCGAUACGAUGAUAUGGCUGCCGCCAUGAAACAGGUUACCGAAACCGGUGUCGAGUUGUCUAACGAAGAACGAAAUCUAUUGUCUGUGGCCUACAAGAAUGUUGUCGGCGCCCGAAGAAGUUCGUGGAGAGUCAUAUCGAGUAUCGAACAAAAAACUGAAGGAUCAGAACGUAAACAACAGAUGGCCAGAGAGUACAGAGAAAAAGUCGAAAAAGAGUUGCGGGAAAUCUGUUACGAUGUGCUCGGACUUCUCGACAAAUUUUUGAUCCCUAAGGCCAGUAAUGCCGAAAGUAAAGUGUUUUAUCUGAAGAUGAAAGGCGAUUACUACCGAUACCUGGCCGAAGUGGCCACUGGUGACCAAAGAAAUAGUGUUGUUGAUGAGUCGCAAAAGGCCUAUCAGGAGGCGUUCGAUAUUUCAAAGAGCAAAAUGCAACCGACACAUCCAAUACGACUGGGUCUGGCCCUUAACUUCUCGGUAUUUUAUUACGAGAUUCUCAAUUCGCCAGACAAAGCGUGUCAACUCGCCAAACAGGCCUUUGAUGACGCGAUAGCUGAGUUGGACACUCUGAACGAAGAUUCCUAUAAAGAUAGUACGCUCAUAAUGCAGCUGCUCAGAGAUAAUCUUACGCUCUGGACGUCAGACACACAGGGAGAUGGAGAGGAUCAACAAGAGGGCGGCGAUAAUUGAUAUCAAGCGUUGUAAUCCCCGUUCUCUGCAUUCCCCAUCAAAUCAAUCUAAUAAUUAUUAUUAAUAAAACAACAACAAAACGCAUCUAUUCAACAACAACUUCAAAAAAAGACAUCCCUUUCCUUUUUACCCACGUUUUUAUUAUCAGUUUAGUUUUCAGGGACGUCAAAAACCCCUCUCAAAAAACGACAAAAAAAAUUAUUAUUUUUAACUAAAAACUUGCCUCAAAAUCAGUGAUCGGUUACCGCACCACCAGUUUUAAUGGAUAAUAAUAAUAACAAUAAUACAUUGUAGUAUUUAUAUAUUAUAUUAUUAUAUAUAUAUAUAAUUUAUUUAAUUAUUUAAGAUGAGAAAUUU